UCCAGGCUUGUCCACUCGUCCUCGACAGUAUUGUGCUCGUGUCUCACCCGGCCCGUUCACCGUCUCGCUCUCAAGAUAUAUGCUCACUCCCUCGCUUCGGGUCCUUAUUGCAGUCUGGUCCUGCUCGACCCAAAACUGUCCUUCCUCGCCAACGCGGUGUCACUAUGCUCAGAGAAACCCACGCUGUAUUCCUGACGGAAUAUGGCAAUCGGAGAUAGGGUAGAAAGUUACGUCCUUUCGGACUUGCUAACCCUAAGUCCUGCAUUGAUCCCAUACAUCCGCCGCGUACUCCCACACGACUGGUCUGUCCCCUCAUUGCGCUAGUGUACGAACGACCUUGCGUCAUACUCCACAGCGAUGCCCGCAUUCCAUCUUCGGGUAAGAGCUGGGACGACCAAGUCAUUGGUCGAGGACCUUGUCUUCUGUGAAAGCAGAAUGCUGGGCCGGCGAUUCUAUGAUGUGUGGUGCCUAGUGCUUUUAGAGCGCAAUUUGGCACGGCUCUGUUACCUCCGGCCCUCGCGCUGUGGAUGCGGAACGAGCGAGGUCUUCUGGCCACACAAAACGCGCUGUCAUUCUAUCCUGUCACGAGGGUGGAGAGCGAUGGUAGCCCUGUUGGUGCGGAAAAUAAAAGGCUGGUGGAUGGAAAGAGCGGGAUUGGAUUGCGGUGAGUGUCUACGAGUGGCGUGUGAUUGGUGGAGCAUUGGAGACAAGUGCGCGUCAGGUGGGAUCCCCGGGUGUGAUCGUCAGGCGGGAUUGUGACGAAGAAGGCGCUCAGCGUUGAGCUGCAUAGCUUUGGCUAUGGCGGGGUUGCUGCUCUGGUUUCAAUCCUAUCUGGACUACUCAUGUCGCCAUCUCUACACGUUUACAGCAGCUACAUCUCUUUACUCGCCUUUCCUUGGGAUCGAGAGUGUCAGCCCAAUCUUGACCGACGACUCAAAUACCCCCCAAGCGCCCAGCAUCUUGCUCUCACUCCUUUCGCUUUUGGCAGCCACGCUCAAAGAUCAACAAUGCUGUAUCCCCCCUCUUCACUUGUCCCUUGGAUCCCGAUGGUUGCUUGCGUCUUUUGCCAUAGGAGAGAACUACCCGUUCUAGAGUCUUGUACUCGCGACUUCACACUGGGAUUAGCUGGUAGCCAUCUGUGGAUUUUGGUAGAACAGUGUCGGUCCAGGGUUACGGUGGCGUUGUGAGAGUAGCGAGAGGUCUUGGAGUGGGGUCAGAUGGCGAAGCCUGGCUUUGGGUGGGUCCUUCGGCUAGGAUCUGACAUGAGAUGAGGCUCUGUAUCUGUGUCUGCUGCUCUGCAGCGAGUGAGUGCAUGUGAGAGAAGAGACAAGGAAGGACAACGGGGGAGGGUCGAUUCCGCCCAGAGAGCCCGUGAGCACCCACACCAACCAUGCCAUCUUUUU